GAGUAAAAGCCGAGACCCGUACAAGCGUGGGCACAGACAGCAUCAUGCGCUUGAUAGCCGUAACAAUUCUACUAGCAGUAGUCUGCUUAAAUCUGGUUAGGUCUCAGAAAUCUGAGAUCUCAGCCCAGGGCCUCGAAAUUCCACCCGCUCCAGUAAAGCUCGACAAAAAUUUGCGACAAGCAUUGCUGAAGGCGUUGACGGAACUGGAAGCCGAGUCCGCGGAGCAGCGAAAGGACGAUGACGACAAAUCGCUCAUCACGACCGUCGAAAAGAGCUUCGACGACGUGGUCAAAAAGAAUCUGAAUACGAAUAUCGGCGUAAUACCAAAAGCCUCCUUCUCGUUCAACGGUUUCCCGGGAGAUGAGGAAAUUCCCAACGAGGAGAAGCUACAGAAUUCAAGUUUUCUCGAGUCGAAGAAGUACGUUACUCCGAAUCCGUCGCCGAUGGUCAUAGAAAAAGCUAGUCACGACGACGCUAGAAGUUUCCACGUGCACAAUGUGAUUGUACCGGACAAGAAUCCGUCGACUUACUUGCCGCGAAGCGAGUCCAAGAUAGAUUCGUUGGAAACGAGAAGUUUGAAGACUUCCGCGAGCUCAUCCUUGGUCAACAGAGUCGAGAGUGUGACGCUGAAGCCGAUCACGCAAUUCUCCGAGAGCUUAACCCAAAGCGCCAGCAAUGGGAUUGCGAGCGGUAAUGCGCUCGUUUCGCCGAAACCAACUGCAUCUAGUCCAACUGUUACGCCCAAAGAUAACAUUACCUUGUCGUCCUCCGGCGUUAAUAAAGAAAAGUCUCCAGCAGAGGAAGUGAAAAUCUUUCAGGCACCUCUGGUGGCAGCCUUCACGGUACAACAGGACGAGCUCGGUGUUCCAAAAAGCGUUGUACCGAUUUACAGGCAAUCUGGUGACGGACAGGCUCUGACUCUUCAAGAACAAUUGGAGUUUAAGCAAAAGCUAUUGGAGCAGCAGCUGGCAGAGCUACAACAGCAGCAGAUUCAGCAGACCCAGUUUCUCGUUAAACAACGUCAGCUCUACGAGCAGCAAUUAAGACAAAAACAGCAGCAACUGUACUUGCAGGAACAGGCUAGAAUCAAGCAGCUGGAGGAGCAAACCAAGAUCAAGCAACUAGAGGAGCAUCGCUUGAAGCAGCUGGAGGAGCAAAGAAUUUAUCGUUUGCACCAGCACAAUCAUUUCCCUUUGCAGAAGCAGCACAUUUUUCAACAGACGAAUGUAUUGCCGCUUCAGCCAUCUCUGGAGCCUGCUGUUCAUUUUCAGCCAAGUGUGUCCUUGGAAGUUCCCAGCGCCGCCGCACCACCGUUAUUCCGUACAAACUAUCAGGAGCAGUUGCAAUUCCAACAGUUUCGUCAGCAACCUCAGCAAUCUCAGCAACCUCAGCAACCUCAGCAACAGCACCAGCAGCGAUUGCACCAGAACUUCAUCUCUUUUUCUACCGACUUUCAGCCGCCCGUGGCUCCGGCCACCAGAUUCAACAGACAGGAGGCCUUCAACGCGAUUGGUAAUUUCGGUUUCAACCUGCAACCAGACAACAAGCAACCGCCACCGGCGAGAAACGCAUUCAACUUGAUUGCGCCAACGAGGAAUCCGAGUACGUUCGUUUACAAUCCUUACACGCAGUUCAGGCAAAUUCCGACGAGAGGCCAACAAACACCCGCCAAGCAGAUUCAGCGUUUGCUCUAUCAGUCGGGAGUCGUCGGCGAGUUGGGCAACGUGCAGGGCCCAGGUGCUGAAGAUCUCAACAUCGUGUCCAAGGUGUUGGCGUUGAACGUCGGUGCAUUGCCUAACAAGAAUUAUCAAUUUGCGAGUAAUCGCGGUAAAUUAGGCAGCGCGUGAGAGUAGAGGCAGACGAUCAUAAUCUAUAUAAGACUUCGACGAGUCGUGUAAAUUACUACAGGACGAUAUUAGCAAGGUGAAUCAGGCUCUCUCUCUCUCUCUCUUUCUCUCUAUCCUUCCAUCGUACUCUUCUCUUUUGUCCUUUAUCAGUCCUCUUUCCAUCUUUAUCAUAUCCUUUCCUUAUCGAUAUUCUCUAAUUUCUCAAAGGCUCUCUUUGAUUCCGACAUA